AUGCUGGAGGCAGCCGUCGACAACAUGAACGCAUUUGGCAGGGUGGCAGUCUGCGGUGUGAUCUCCGAGUACACGGGCAAGGGACGAAAGGCGGCUCCCGACAUGAUGGAUGUCAUCUUCAGGAGGAUAACGAUCAGAGGGUUUCUAGCAGCUGAUUUCAUGUGUGUUUUCCCUGAAUUCAUGACUGCAGCCUGCGAGCACCUGGGAUCAGGGAAGAUGGUGUCGCUUGAGGACAUCUCCAUUGGGUUGGACAGCAUUCCUUCUGCAUUUGUGGGUCUUUUUGCUGGUGGUAAUCUCGGCAAGAAGAUUGUUCAGAUGGCAGCAGAGUGA